AUGCCGAGGGCUCUGUCGCCUCCCUUUGCAAGUCCAGUGCGGCCCGGCGUGGCCAGUCCGGGCUCACCGCUUCCAGGAUUGAUCCAGGAUCAUCGGCGUCUCCGCGCCGUUGCGACACCUCUGCGAGCGGAGGAGCAGUCUGGAGCCUGGUCAAGAGAGUCAGUCAUGCAACUUUGCAGCGAGGGAGACGAGGCUCUUUUCCUGGGACGUGUGCGGCUGCUGGACAGGCAAACCGUGACCAGCAUCGAUGACGCUGUGGACAGCCUCAACCGAAGACUUGUCUGGUGUCCUGAGGACGGCUGCGCCGUCUUCAAUGCUGCAGAUCGUGCCUACUACUUGCUCUAUCGCAGCGGCCGCCGCGAGCAGGCUCUGAAGCGAAUGGGGCGGCUUUGCGACGAUGCCUCGAAGGAUCCUCGCAGCCCGGCUAUGGCAAGAAUGGUGCGCCAGGACAGCCUGCAAGGCCCUCCAGCUCGCGGAAGCUUCGGAGCAUCCCCGACCGGCGAGGUCUUGAGGCAGAAUUCCCUGGCAGCGCAAGGGAUGCUGCAAUUCCCGCACAUCGAGGAGCGUCCGUCCGCAAGGAGCUCCAAGAUUCCAGGCUCUCCUCCAGUGCCGCCGCCGACAGCAGGCCUAGCAGGAGACACGGUCUCUGCUCGCUUCGCAAGCCCAGUGCGGAGGGCUUGGCAGGCCUGCAGGCGGGGUCAGUCUGAAAAUUGGCGACCCAGACAGCCUUUGGCCAAGGCUCCAAUCAAGGUGGAGGCUCCCAUGCCAGUCCCAACAAAGUUUGGCUUCUCUACUCCACGCGAGGCACUGGAGAGGGACCUGACAGAGCCCGAGAAGGUUCGAUACGGCGAGCUGACCUUCGUCGAACGUCUGGGUAAAGGGGAGUUCGGAGAGGUUUUCCGCGGCCUGUACCUCAACAAGGAGGUGGCCAUCAAGCAGCUUUUUUUCGAUGAGAACAUGACGGAGUUGGUGGUACAGGAUUUGGCCAGAGAGAUCGACUCCUUUCGCCACCUCAGCCACAAACGCUUGGUGCGCUUCUUGGGAGCAUGCUUGGAGCUGCCCAAUUUAUGCCUUGUCACAGAGUACAUGCCAGGAGGGUCCCUUCACCACCUGCUGCAUGUGCGACGGCAAAAGCUGCCGGCAAGCCAUGCGAUGAACAUGUGCAUCCAGAUUGCAGAUGGGGUUUCGUACUUGCACAGCCAAACCCCCACCAUCGUGCACCGCGAUCUGAAGUCCUUGAACGUUGUCCUGGACUUGAGCUUAAACAUCAAGGCCAAGCCGCAGCAGCACUCCGCACAUGCACAUUCACAUUCGUUUCCGACGAAGGAGGCCAUGACCAAGCUCCGAGAUGCUCCGAAGCAGGUGAAGUCAACUAAGUCAACGUUAUCCGAAGCAUCAGCGUCCGAAGCUGCAGCGGUUGACAAGCUGGCGGACUUGCGGAGGUGCGUUCUUCAAGUGGGUGACAAUCGUAUGGUGGAGUGUGACGAGCCUUCCGUCCAACAGGACUACAACUCCUGGAAACAUGAGGUGGAUGCCCAGGACUUGAAGGCGUUGAAGGAAGGACAUGCAGUUCCUGUGAACAGAACCGCUGACCAGCACUUGGCAAAGAAGAUGAAGUCGUCCCUCAGUGAGCUUACAGAGGAUCCUUCAAAGCUAAAGCGUGCCGUGCAGCUGCGCCGCAUGGAUCGCGAGGAGAUUGCCGCAUACCGGAACGUGCUCUCGUUGAACCUUGGAGAAUUGGAGGGUGGACGGUCGUAA